UUCAUUUUAUUUUUAGGUAAAGACUCUUAGAUGGCUGCCAACUUCACCAUGCAGACAUCUAUUAAACAGAGAAGAAAAGUCAUUCUUUGCUACCCUUUAGUAUAUAUAACUCAAAGCUCCACACAUGAAAUUCAGGAUUUCCUUUUCUUCCUUUUUUGGGGGUUCUAGAUCUCUCUUUCUCUCUAUAAAGAAUCGAAAGAGAAAAUGGGCAGGAGGUCACAUGUUAUAGUAAUACCAUAUCCAGCUCAAGGGAAUGUUAACCCCUUGAUGCAUUUGUCUCAAAGAAUAGCCAGUCUUGGAUUCAAAGUAACAUUUAUCCAUACAGAUUUCAAUCACAAGAGGGUAGUUAGUGCAAUGGCUGAAAUCAAUGGCGACCCUUUAGGUUCUACCGUUAAUUUGGUCUCAAUCCCAGAUGGGAUGGGUCCUGAAGGUGAUAGAAAUGAUCUUGGCAAGUUAUGUGAGGCAAUCUUGAGCACCAUGCCCAAAAAGCUUGAGGAGCUCAUACAAAAUAUCAACAAGACCAAUGAAGGUGAUGAUGAUGCCAUCAAUUGUAUUAUUGCUGAUGGACAUGUGGGGUGGGCAAGGGAAGUUGCAGAGAAAAUGGGGAUUAAAUUAGCAGUGGUUUGGCCUGCAUCAGCUGCCUCGUUUUCCUUGGGAGCAAACAUUCCUAAGCUUAUUGACGAUGGAUGUAUUAAUGCUGAUGGAUUCUCAGCCAAGAAACAGAUGAUUCAACUGUCUCCGGGCAUCCCCACCUUUGACACAGGAAACUUCCCGUGGAAUUUAAUUGGCGACUCAAAUGCACAGAGAGCUAUUUUCAAAUACAUCAAAAGAGUCGUUGAAGAAUCACAAUUGGCAGAAUGGCAAUUGUGCAAUUCAACUUAUGAGCUUGAGCCUGACGCAUUUUCCUUGACAGAAAAGCUCCUGCCAAUUGGCCCCUUGUUGUCAAAUUACAAUACUGGAACUUCAGGAGCUCAGUUCUGGCAAGAGGACUCUUCUUGCUUGGAAUGGCUCGAUCAACAACCAUCCCGAUCAGUGAUAUAUGUAGCUUUUGGCAGCUUCACAGUUUUUGAUCAAACCCAAUUUGAAGAACUAGCUCUUGGACUUCAACUCACUAACAAGCCCUUUCUUUGGGUGGCUCGUCCAGGAAUGACCACCCAAGAAUCGAUCAAAGAGUGCCCGGGUCAAUUGCAGAGCAGGAAUGGGAGAAUUGUGAGUUGGGUACCACAGCAGAAGGUCCUAAGCCAUCCUGCAAUUACUUGUUUUGUUAGCCAUUGUGGAUGGAACUCUACCAUGGAAGGAGUGAGUAAUGGGGUGCCCUUCUUGUGCUGGCCUUACUUUGGUGAUCAGUGUCUUAACAAAGACUACAUCUGUGGUAUCUGGAAAGUUGGUUUGGGAUUUGAGAGGGAUGAAAAUGGAAUCAUAAGGAAGGAGGAAGUUAAGGGAAAGGUGGAGCGAUUGCUUGGUGAUAAAAGUAUAAGAGAAAGGUCCUUAAAGCUGAAGGAAACAAUUAGAGACACCAUUGGAGAAGGUGGCCAGUCCUCAACAAAUUUUAUCAAUUUCAUCAAUUGGUUGGGAGCAUAAGGGAUACACAUUUUAAAUCUUGCUUUGUAUUAACCUACUUUCUAUGAAAAGUUAAGGUUUUAGAGAGUGAAUCCCAAGGAAUUUGCAUUUUAAUGUGUUUUGCUACCAAACUAAUAAUCUAGAAACUUGUAUCA